AUGCGUGGGUUCCUGCUCUCUCUUUGUGUAGCCCUUGCAAUCUGUGAAAACUAUGAACCAGGCCUUAACCCUAAAAAAACUUAUGAAUACAAAUAUGAGGGAACUGUGAAUAUUGGACGAGGCAUGCCAGAAAUGGCAGAGUCUGGUGUGAAACUAAUGUGUACAGUUACAAUCAUUGGUGUGUCAGAUCAGACUUUUCUUCUACAGGUUUCUCACGUGGAUUUUGAAGAAUUCAAUGGCAUCCAGGGGAAGAACACAUUCAACGCCUCCCCCAAACUAACUAAACGGAUGGCUGCUGAGCUUGCCAAACCCUUCAUGUUUGAGUAUGCCAAGGGACGUGUUGGUGACAUUCAUGCUCCUGCUGGGAUCCCUGACGCCAUUGUCAAUAUUGUGAGAGGCAUCAUUGGAUUCUUUCAAGUCACAGUCAAGACCACCCAGAGAGUCUAUGAGCUUGAGGAGGCUGGUAUUCAUGGAUUGUGUCAGAGUAUCUAUGCUAUUGUGGAGGAUGUUAAAUCUAAAGAUUUGGCCAUCACCCAAACUGUUGACAUCAAUAACUGUCAGGAAAAAGCAGCACUCUACAGAGGAAUCGGUCUUGCGGUUGAAGACAAGAUGUCAAAAGAGAGAGGUGAUUCCAUAUUUUCUACAGUGAGAUACAUCUAUAAUGUCAAAUCAACUACUGACGGAGGUCUAAUUACUAAUGCUAACGCCUUGGAGCGACAACAUUUCUCUCCUUUCAACGUGAAGGGUGGCAACUCCAAACUGCAAGCCAGAAAGGAACUGGUGCUGCUGGGGGUGAAAGACACAGGAGUAGCCCCUAGUGUUGUUCCCAUGCAGAACAGAGGGAGUUUGGUUUACAAGUUUGUAAAUGAGCUUGCUCAAAUCCCCAUUCUGAUGAAAAAUCAGGAUAAACCCAUUCCAAAGAUUGUAGAAAUGAUCAAGCGCUUGGCCAAAGCCAAUAUCUAUCAGAUUGACAAUUUAACAAGUGAGGAAGUUGUAGAUGUGUACCAACUUCUGCGUGUUAUCACUCUUGAAAACAUGGAGGAAUUGUGGAAACAGUUUUCAGGAAAUGAUGAACACAGGCGAUGGUUUUUGGACAUGAUCGUUGAGAUGACUGACGCAAGAGUCCUCAAGUUUUUAACAAACAGAUUCAAAGCUGGUGAUAUAUCUGCCAAUGAAGCAGGACAAACACUCCUUGUUACCUUCAAUCAUCUGAAAUCAGAGGCUGAGUUAGUUGAGACAGCGAAAGAAUUCUUUUCAAUGUCCUUCAGCAAGUCCCAUCCUAUGCUGUGGAACACUAUAGUGUUAGCCUAUGGUUCACUGGUGUACAAGCACUGUGCCUAUACAACACCUUGCUCAGUGACUGCUGUUCAGCCUUUGUUAGACUUGGCUGAUGAAAGCCUGAAGACGGCCAAUGAGAUGGACAUGAUCAUAGCACUGAAGGCCUUAGGGAAUGCAGGCCACCCCUCCAGCAUCAAGACCAUAAUGCGCUUUCUCCCUGGCGUCGCUGCUACCCCUGUGGACCUCCCAGCCCCAGUGCUGAGUGCAGCCGUGCAGUCGAUGAGACACCUGGCUAUUAGAGAUCCUCACAGUGUGCAGGACAUCACCCUAACCUUGUUUGUGCAGAGGGAACUUCCUACUGAGAUACGCAUGCUGGCCGUUAUGAUCCUGUUUGAAACUAAGCCACCACUGGCUAUGGUGUCAACAGUGACUACAUUUCUAUUAGAGGAGACUGACUUGGAUGUUACCAGCUUUACUUAUUCCCUCAUGAAGAGUAUUGCUACAUCCAGGACUCCAGACAACCACUCCCUAUCGACAGCAUGUAAUGUGGCUGUGAAAAUCCUGGCCCCUAAAUAUGGUCGUCUUAGUUUCCGCUACAGCAGAGCUAUGCGCCUGGAUUGGUUUAAUGAUGACUUACUCAUUGGCACAGCAAUGGAGGUAUUCAUGUUGAAAACGGCUUCAACCUUCUUCCCAACAGCCAUCAUGGCUAAAGGAAAAUUCCAUUUCAUCGGCAGAAUAUUGCAACUUUUGGAGUUUGGUGUCCGUACUGAAGGAAUAAAAGAAUUGUUUGAAAAUAUUCCUGCCUUCAAAGGAGACCUCAGUCGCAAUGACAUUGAGAUCAUCCUCAAUGUGAUGAAAAACUGGGAAGAAUUGCCUACUGACAAGCCUCUGCUGUCUGCCUAUUCACGAGUCUUUGGUCAAGAGUGGUUCUAUGCUGCUGUAAAGACGGAUUUUCUUCAGAAAAUAAUGAUGGCUUUUAGUUCCUCAGCAGGUAAAGAGAGCCCAGUCUGGACAAUGAUGGAAACUCUUCAGAAGGGGUUGUCAUGGCAUUGGACAAAACCCUUUCUUAUGUUCGAAACACGCUACAUUCAAGCCACCACCCUUGGUUUACCACUUGAAAUAAGCAAAUAUUACAGCUCACUAACAGCAAUUACUCUAAAUGCAAAGGCUGGAAUCAGUCCACCACUGACAGAUCAGUUGGGACAGCUGCUGACCUCCAAUAUUUCCCUGGAAACAGAUGGCUUUGUUGGAAGUACCAAGGAUAACUUUGUCUUUCAUGGAAUCAACACAGACAUAUUCCAGUGUGGAACGGAACUAAAGAGUAAAAUGAUUUCUUCCAUGCCGUGGAAAUUUAAUUCAAAAAUAAAUGUCAAAAGCAUGAAGUUUGAAUUUGAUCUUCCUACUUUGAAAAAGGACACAGAGUUAUUUUCCAUCAACUUCAACAUAUAUGCAGUCUCAAGAAAUAUUGAGGAUCCAACUUUGAACAAAAUGACCCCAAUGAUGUCAGACUCUAAUGACUCAGUAGAGGAGGUGCAGUCGGUGAAGGAGCCACUAAAGUCUUCAGACCAACAGAAAAUUAUUGUCAAAUCAGAUAUCUACCAAUCAAGGUCAAAUGUGUGUGCUGAGGCUAAACUCUAUGGGGCAGCUCUCUGUCUUGAGUCUGAGGUGAAGAGAGCACACUUCAUUGAUGAGUACCCUCUUUACUACUUCUUGGGAUUCAGUCACCUUGCAUACACACUUCGAACAGUCCAAGCAAACAAACUUGUUGACAAGAUUCAUAUUGAGAUCAAUCCUGGACGAGACAAGCACCCAGAAGCAGCCAGGGUCUCCUUUGGCUCCUCAAGCAGCAGACAUAGUCGCAAUGAGCCUGUUAAUGCCAAGGUUUGGGAUGCUACUCCUGAGCCAGUGUUUAGCAUCAAGGCUGUGGCCAUGGAUAGCAAUGAUAAGCCUGACGGUUACGAAGCAGUCGUUUAUCACUCCACUACAAAUCUGAUGGCCAACACUGAGAUGAUUGUGUCGCAGGUUGGGGAGGAGGCCAACUGGAAGAUGUGCACUGAUGUCAGCAUGGACACCACUCAUGGAGAUGCCAAGAUGCACCUUAGAUGGGGUGCUGAGUGUCAGUCUUAUGAAAUGUCAAUGAACGCUGCCACUGCACACCUGCCUGGAUCGAACCCAACACUGAAGGUCAAGAUGCACUGGAACAAUGUUCCAGAAUACAUGAAAACGUUAGGAAAAAGAGUUGAAGAGUACAUCCCUGGAAUUGCAUUCUUUGUUGGGUUUUACCAAAAACAUGAAUCAAAUAUCAAACAUGAAAUGUCUGCAUCCGCUGUCGCCACCUCUGCCGAUUGUAUGGAUAUGAAGAUUAAGUUUCCAGAGCUGACAGUGUAUCAACAAGCAAUACCUCUUCCAUUCCAAGUGCCAGCCUAUACAGGCAACGUAACUUUGGGCAUGCAUUAAGAGGAAUGAGGUGUGUUCACAACUAUUAUUUAUGUGAUCAAGAAACAAAUAUCCAGAGUUUACAUUUUUUUUUUAUUAUUAAAAUUCAACCACUGGAAAAACAA